AUGAUCAGCCACAUUUUCUGCACCGAUUGCUCCAGAAAAGCCGGUCUAACCGACGUCCCUCGUGCCCAACGUCGCUGUCCCGUUUGUGGAACGAAUCUCCCCAAUAUCGACGAUGCCGUGCAGACACGCCUCAACCCCUCCGAAGAAUACAAGGCAAGCGUGCUCAGCGGACUCGACCCAACCACGAUCAUGGAAUGUGCAGGACGAGCAAUAGCGUUUUGGACGUACCAGAUCACGCAGGAGAUCUCCUACCAGGAGUACGUCGCCCGGAAUCUCAGUGAGAGCAAUGAUCAUCUCAGUACAUCGGUGGACAAGAUCAUCCACGAUGCCAACGCCGAGAUCCAGGCCCUAGAGAAGAAGCUUGCUGGUACGAGUGGUCUAUCUGCCUCUGCUCAUCAUCUGGCCACGCAUUCUGACUCCAGCGAAGCCGUCAGGCUUGACCACAGAACGAUGGAACAGAAAUAUGCCGAGCUGGUCGAUAUGUACCGGGAGAAAAGCAGGAAGCAUUCCCAGACCCAGAAGCUGUAUGACACUUUAAAGAAAAAAUGCCUUGCGGAGCAGACCCAUGGCGCGGCCCCUGUCGUCAACAACCCUGCUGCUGCUGAUGCUUCUGCACCGCCCACCAUUCGAGCUGUGAACACCAUGCCACAACCUGAAUUGUCCCGACUUCUAAGGACGGAAUCGAAUCAAGAACCUGCCCAGCGUCCAAAAUUGGCCGAGCGACGUGACCUGCGUGGACAGCCGUCGUUUCGCCACGGUCCAGAACAACUGCACCCUCAUCAACGAUCAGGAAGCAGUGUACAUGGUGCUGGUGGCGGUGGCGCCGGCGGCGGUGGUGACCAAGGAGCAAUGCCGGCGCCAGAAAAGGCACGGUCAUCAAACAUUGGUACAUCUUUUCGAGCCCUUUCGUUUCUUUUCCUGAUAAGUGGCUUACGAAACGUGGAAAGCGAGCUCCGCCAAUCCCACAAACCCAGGCACCCCAGCCCAUCGCAUAGCCUUGCCUAA